AUGGGACCGAGUUUACAUAAUGAGUGUAUUGAGAAAGCCAAAUUGCCUAUCAAAUUGUUUUCUGGCCCCUGGGAAGGAACAUCUCUGUGGGAGAAAAAGAAGAAGAGGGAGAAGAGGAAGAAGAGGGAGGAGAAGAAGAAGAGGAAUAAGAAGAAGAAGAAGACAGGAGGGCUUAAGCCUACUAGAACCCUGUGUUGCCAGAGCCCCCAGAGACAAGAGAAGAGGGUUGAGAUGCGUCCUGUUUGUGCUCAGCUCCUCUUCGCUGCCAUCUUGUGGUCAAUGCCUUACACUGGAGCUGCUGCUGUGCGGAGCCUAUCCAAAUCCAACCGGACUAACCAUCUCCACCUAACUAGACCUGGUUUCGAGUCAGACCCUGACUCUCACUGGAAUAAUCUGAAUCUUACCAGCAUCAGCGUGCAUCGUAUCCGAAGGAGGCGAGCCAUCUCCUCCAGAGAAAUGAAUUCCUUGUUGGAUUAUCACAACCUUGUCCGCUCCCAGGUCUUCCCUCAGGCUGCCAAUAUGGAGAUUAUGGUGUGGGAUGAGACACUGGCUAAAUCAGCAGAUUCCUGGGCUUCCCGCUGCAUAUGGGAUCAUGGACCCUCACAGACCAUGAGAUAUAUGGGCCAAAACCUGUCCAUCAACUCUGGCAGAUACUGGUCAAUCAUUGAGCUGGUGAGGUCCUGGCAAGAUGAGAAAAACUCCUUCUCCUAUCCCAACACAUGCAGUGGACCAGUUUGUUCCCACUAUACACAGAUGGUCUGGGCCAAUACCAAUAAGAUGGGAUGUGCCAUCAACAAAUGCUCAAACAUGAAUGUGUACGGGAGCUCUUGGAGGACAGCAGUGUUCCUGGUUUGCAACUACUCUAUCAAGGGGAACUGGGUUGGAGAGGCUCCCUAUAAGAGUGGCAAACCGUGCUCUGCCUGUCCAUCAAAAUAUGGAGGUUCAUGUAACAGAAAGCAGUGUUCCUUCAGUGGUUCAAAAGCCAAAGCCAAGAAAAGAAAAAGGUAUUAGAAAGACAUCUGUCAUACUUUCCCUGUUAUAAUGGAAGACUUUUAAGAGUUCAUUGUUUCUGGUCAAUUAUUCCGUUCCAUUCAUCUCAGCAACAAACAACUGCAAGAGAGGGUGUGUGAAAGAAAGGUGAAGGAUUUCUAAACAUAAAAAAUGAAUCAAAGCACAAGACCUGCUUUUUUCAGCGAUUCAAUUAUAGUACCACUAUUUUUGUGUUUAUCAUAAACUAAUGUUUGAUCCAUCCACUGGAUGUUAGGGAAAGAAUGUUUUUCCCCCUCGGUCAUGAUGUUGUGAACUUAAAUCUAUGUAAACUCUUGUGUUGCAAAGCUCCAUUUUCUCGCCAUGACACAGAAAGAACCCAGCUACCAAAAACCAGACAGUACUUCUGUUGUAUUCAUUUGAUCAUGGCCUUUUUUGAAAAUGUUAAGAAGAUGAGUGCAAUGUACACUAUAUAUACAAAAGUAUGUGGACACAGUGAAGUUGUAGGCCACACAAGCUCACAGAAUGGGAUCGUCGAGUGCUGAAGUGCGUAUUGCGUUUAAAUCGUAAAAGUUGUCUGUCCUAGUUUGCAACACUCACUACCAAGUUCCAAACUGCCUCUGGAAGCAACGUCAGCACAAGAACGGUUUGUCUGGAGCUUCAUGAAUUGGUUUUUGGCCGAUUAGCCGCUUACAAGCCUAAGAUCACCAAUGGCAAUGCCAAGCGUCCGCUGGAGUGGUGUAAAGCUUGCCGCCAUUGGACUCUGGAGCAGUGGAAACGCGUUCUCCAGAGUGAUGAAUCGCGAUGCCAGGAGA